AGGGCCAAAUUUUCUUAGAUGAUUAGGGGCUGUCGAAUCCGGGAUGGCUGUCUUGUUGCUUCUGCUGUUGGGUGGUUUAUGGAGCGCCGUGGGAGCGUCCGAUAUGGCUGUCGUUACUUGUGGCUCCGUGGUGAAGCUACUCAAUACGCGCCAUAAUGUCCGACUGCACUCUCACGACGUGCGCUAUGGGUCAGGUAGUGGGCAGCAGUCAGUGACAGGUGUAACCUCUGUGGAUGACAGCAACAGUUACUGGAGAAUACGGGGGAAGACUGCCACAGUGUGUGAAAGGGGGACUCCCAUCAAGUGUGGCCAGCCCAUCCGGCUGACACACAUCAACACUGGCCGAAACCUCCACAGCCACCAUUUCACUUCACCUCUUUCUGGAAACCAGGAGGUGAGUGCCUUUGGGGAGGAAGGUGAAGGCGACUAUCUGGAUGACUGGACAGUGCUCUGUAAUGGACCUUACUGGGUAAGAGAUGGUGAAGUGAGAUUCAAACAUUCUUCCACCGAAGUACUCCUGUCUGUCACAGGAGAACAAUAUGGUCGACCUAUAAGUGGACAAAAAGAGGUGCAUGGUAUGGCCCAGCCAAGUCAGAACAACUACUGGAAGGCCAUGGAAGGCAUCUUUAUGAAGCCCAGUGAGUUGUUGAAGGCAGAAGUCCAUCAUGCGGAGCUGUGACUCUUAGCCCUCUGAGCCACUGUCACCACACAGUGUUUGUAGACAUCUGAUGCUGCUUUACCCUGGGAACCCUGCUCCAGGUUCUGAGCAGUGGCUUAGGCCCCACUGAGAUGAAGAAGCACCGUAGAAAACAGUGGCUGCUUUUGGACCUGCAGCCCUUCACACUUGAAUUGUUGAUCUCCCAGAAUUAGUGAGGACCUGUUUAUGAAGGUAGAGAGCCUUUUCAUUCAUACUGAUAAGAGAAACUGAGGAACUUCCCUCUUAGCUGGGAAAUUUUACUCUUCAGGCAUCAUGGAUUGUUAACUUGUUUGAUUUCCCCUUAUUUUUCUUUUUCCAAAAUAAUAAAUAAAAAAACACAAAGAGAA